ACGUCACUUCCGGUGAGAGUGUCUUCGCUGUGCCUGACUGGAGACUUCAACAUGUCCCGGGUUCUGAUCGUGGGAGCGGGUCUGACAGGUAGUCUGUGUGCGUGUCUGCUGCGGAGGAACAUGGACAACAAAGUCCACAUUGUGGUCUGGGACAAGGCCAGAGGUUCUGGUGGAAGGAUGUGCACGUCUCGUCCUCCUGACUCCCAGUCUCACUCGGCGGACAUAGGAGCGCAGUACAUCACGGCCACACAUGAAUAUGCUCAGUCUCACCACAGCCUGUACACAGAGCUGGUGGGUGCGGGGGUGCUGCGUCCUCUGGACUGUGUGGUAGAAGGACUGCGACACCAAGAGGGGAGUCAGAACUACGUGGCACCACUGGGCAUGAGCAGUGUGGUCAAACACUUCCUGUGUGAGUCAGGAGCUGAUUUGUUCUUGGAGCAUCAUGUGACUGGCCUGUACCGCCGCGGUGCAUCAUGGGAGGUUCACAGGAAGCAUGGCGCCAGUGAGCGCUUUGACUCGGUCAUCCUGACCAUGCCUGUACCUCAAAUACUGCAGCUGCAAGGAGACCUGCCACAACUGCUGUCUGUCCAGCAGAGGGCGCAGUUAGAAGCAGUGAUGUAUUCUUCACGCUUCGCCUUGGCGCUCUUCUUCCCACCUGGCGUGGACAUCAAGGUGCCGUGGGCCGUGCGCUACUACAACAACCAGGGUGACAACAGCGAGUGUAUCUGCUACGCCACCGUGGAGCCUCGUAAACGCGGCACAGAGGGCCACGCCCCCCUGGGUCCAGCCCUGGUGGUCCAUAGCAGCGCUCCCUUUGGCCUGCAGCACCUGGAAAAGGAGAAGGAGGAAGUUGAGCCCAUGGUCUUGAGGGAAGUCUACAGGCUCCUCCCCAAUCUGCCUCAGCCAAUCAGCAUCAAGUGCCACAAGUGGAGGUACUCACAGGUGCUGACCUCAGUGGCGGACUGUCCGGGUCACAUGACCGUCCUGGAGCGCCCCCUGCUGGUGUGCGCGGGCGACGCCUUCAGCCACUCCAACUUUGACGGCUGCGUGGAGUCUGCAGUGAGCGUGCUCGCUGUCUUCAAGGCAGGAAGUUAGCUCGCCACCUGACUGAUACUUUCACUUUCACAUAAAUACUUUAUUCACUUGACACCACACCUGACAUCAUCUUUCACACACCUGACAUCAUCUUUCACACACACCUGACAUCAUCUUUCACACACCUGACAUCAUCUUUCACACACACCUGACAUCAUCUUUCACACACCUGACAUCAUCUUUCACACACACCUGACAUCAUCUUUCACACACCUGACAUCAUCUUUCACACACACCUGACAUCAUCUUUCACACACCUGACAUCAUCUUUCACACACACCUGACAUCAUCUUUCACACACACCUGACAUCAUCUUUCACACACACCUGACAUCAUCUUUCACACACCUGACAUCAUCUUUCACACACCUGACAUCAUCUUUCACACACCUGACAUCAUCUUUCACACACACCUGACAUCAUCUUUCACACACACCUGACAUCAUCUUUCACACACACCUGACAUCAUCUUUCACACACCUGACAUCAUCUUUCACACACACCUGACAUCAUCUUUCACACACACCUGACAUCAUCUUUCACACACACCUGACAUCAUCUUUCACACACCUGACAUCAUCUUUCACACACCUGACAUCAUCUUUCACACACCUGACAUCAUCUUUCACACACCUGACAUCAUCUUUCACACACACCUGACAUCAUCUUUCACACACCUGACAUCAUCUUUCACACACACCUGACAUCAUCUUUCACACACACCUGACAUCAUCUUUCACACACACCUGACAUCAUCUUUCACACACCUGACAUCAUCUUUCACACACCUGACAUCAUCUUUCACACACCUGACAUCAUCUUUCACACACCUGACAUCAUCUUUCACACACACCUGACAUCAUCUUUCACACACACCUGACAUCAUCUUUCACACACCUGACAUCAUCUUUCACACACACCUGACAUCAUCUUUCACACACACCUGACAUCAUCUUUCACACACCUGACAUCAUCUUUCACACACACCUGACAUCAUCUUUCACACACCUGACAUCAUCUUUCACACACACCUGACAUCAUCUUUCACACACCUGACAUCAUCUUUCACACACACCUGACAUCAUCUUUCACACACCUGACAUCACCUUUCACACACACCUGACAUCAUCUUUCACACACCUGACAUCAUCUUUCACACACCUGACAUCAUCUUUCACACACACCUGACAUCAUCUUUCACACACACCUGACAUCAUCUUUCACACACACCUGACAUCAUCUUUCACACACACCUGACAUCAUCUUUCACACACACCUGACAUCAUCUUUCACACACACCUGACAUCAUCUUUCACACACACCUGACAUCAUCUUUCACACACACCUGACAUCAUCUUUCACACACACCUGACAUCAUCUUUCACACCCACACCUGAUAUCAUCUUUCACACACACCUGACAUCAUCUUUCACACACACCUGACAUCAUCUUUCACACACACCUGACAUCAUCUUUCACACACCUGACAUCAUCUUUCACACACACCUGACAUCAUCUUUCACACACCUGACAUCACCUUUCACACACACCUGACAUCAUCUUUCACACACACCUGACAUCAUCUUUCACACACACCUGACAUCAUCUUUCACACACCUGACAUCAUCUUUCACACACCUGACAUCAUCUUUCACACACACCUGACAUCAUCUUUCACACACACCUGACAUCAUCUUUCACACACACCUGACAUCAUCUUUCACACACACCUGACAUCAUCUUUCACACACA